CAAACACUGGCGCGCGUUAUCGUCAUCGUUUCUCUUUUCUUUCCUUUCCCACUUUCUUUCAAGACGUCGUAUCUUCUUCGCUUCCAACAACAAGCCCUUUGUCGUUCCACCCCGCUUCAACCCCCCGUGCGACUCCCUGGAAAUCUCAACUAGGCCACGCUUGAUCGUCCUAACACAUUAUCUUAACAAUCGCCGAAAAAAAUUUCCCCCGUGGCUGAAUAAUAAUAAGCCAGCCACGCCCAGAUCGCGUCUUGCGCGGUGGCAAACGAUCCUUUGGUUCUUACCCUCUCGACCACCCGGUUCUAAGUUUUCCUUUGCCCUCUUUGGGUCAUCUGUCUGCCGUCCUCGCUUCGCCUUCUUGAAAACCUCUUCCUACGUCAAUCGUUUCUGUUUGCUCGCUUGGCGCAGAAUUUCGUGAAUUAUAUGGGCCCGUGAAUCGCGCACAGAAAGUCAACAUCAUAUCUUAGAUCGAAUAUUGGCGAUACGACGGGUUAUCUACACCAUUUACAAAACAAAAAAAAAGAAAAAGAAAAAGAAACAAAAGCAACAACAGAAAUCCAUUCCAGAAUUCGCAACAGUUCGUUUGAUCGAAUAUGCCACUAUCAAACAGGCGCCGCGCGCGGCGCAAGGAAAUCCAACUACAAGAGACCUCAGAUGCGGAAGCUCCGGACUCCUCACCUACCCGGCCAUCGAGCAAGAAGCGCAAGGUUGAACGGACCUCCCCUCACACUCGUCCCAUGAAGACUGGAGAAUCCGCCGACGAGGCUGACCACUCAUCCCCAGAACAUGAACUAUCGGAAAACCAGGACCUUGUGGAUAUGGUGAUAUCGUAUCUCGAUGCCGCCCGCGAAGAAGUGCGCGUGAUACGCGACCACUCCAAUACGAAGACAGAGAACAAGCAGAGUAUUCGUGCCUAUGCAAAGAUCGCCGGCCGCAACUGGACAUACUAUGUCAAAACUCUCCAUGUCAACAUUGGGCGCGAACCGGAUCGUGAACAGAAGCUAGAUGAGCAGUCAAGCCCUGUGACCAUCGCAGCACGGGCACUGCCAGAGGUGAAUGUGGAUUUGGGGCCUAGCAAGUUCGUAUCACGUCUGCAUGCCGAGAUCUUUUACGACGGCGAGGAGACGGCCUCUUGGCAUAUUCGUGUCAAUGGUCGUAACGGCGUCCGGUUGAACAAUGCCAUCCUGAAGCGCGGCACUGAUGCGGUCCUUUCGUGUGGUGACAUCAUUGAGAUCGCCAACACCCAGAUGAUGUUCGUUACCCCCGGCGAUAAAGCCAAUAUUCAUCCCAGUUUCGUCCAACGCGCGCAGCGCCUUGCCAACGGGGAAGAGGAUGUCGCUGCGUGGGACGCCUCGCAACAUGCCCAUCCCCACCCUGUGCCAUCGGGUGCCCCAGAGACUUCACGCCCUCCAACCGGCCAACCGUCUUUGGCGCCCGCACCGCAUUUCCUCAAGCGCCAAGUAACGCCGCCGCCACGGUCCCCCGACACUGUUGGUGCCCGGACCGCUAAGCAGUCCCCGUUGUAUAACCGAGGCAUGAUGAUGGAAAGCACGGAGGAGAUUGACUAUAGCAAGGACUCGGCCAAGGAUCUGAAGCCUCCCUACAGCUAUGCCACAUUGAUCGCACAAGCAAUUUUCUCCAGCGAAGAAGAAAAACUUACCCUCAACAACAUCUACAAUUGGAUCAUGGACAAGUAUGCAUUCUAUCGUCACUCUCAGAGCGGAUGGCAGAAUUCGAUUCGCCAUAACUUAUCCCUGAACAAGGCUUUCCAAAAAGUGCCCCGUCGUACCGAUGAACCAGGAAAGGGAAUGAAGUGGCAGAUCGCCCCCGAGUACCGCGAGGAAUAUUGGAAGAAGCAGCUCCGUAAGGGAACGCAAUCGUCGGCACCGUCCUCCCCCGCCACCAGAGAUCCAGCCACGCGCGGAGCCAACGGCCUGGAGGCGGUUUUCUCCAGCAAGAAGUCACCUCCCGUGUCGUCCCCCGGGUUUAGUUCUUUCCCCGUAGCUCCGGUUGAGGCAUACACGCCGGAACGGGGUUCGCGGGCCAGCCGGAACGGCCCCCAGGAUCAUCCUCUCCGCCCGCCUGUUCGAGACUACGAGGAACCGUCCCCCUUGCCUGCACGCUCAGCCAUCAAGAACAGCAGCAAUGGCACAAGCCUCCGGUAUGGAUUAUCUGACAAUGUAGCUUCUCCGCCAAUUUUAUCGUCUUCCUAUUAUGACGAAGGGCCAUCGUCCAUGAUUACACCAGCACCACAACGGCAGCAACCACGUCUGCCCCCGCCUAGUACCGCGCAAAUCCCAUCCAAGUUUAUGCCUAUGAGCUCGCCAGCACAGUUUUGGAAGUUUGCAGAUAUUGGUAGUACACCCGCCCGGCCGGUUCCAGACAUGAGCCCGCUCAAGGGUGACCCUGGGGAUGGACUGGGCAGCAUUCCGAGUAGCAGUCCGCCACCUCCGAAUUUGGUCAGCCCUAGUAAGCCAGGUACAGCCAACGGUCUAGGCGCUGGACGAUCACUGCCCCCGCGGCGUGAGCAUGAUUCGGCGGUCCGGUCAGCCGCAAACGGGGCGGGUCGAGAUCUUGGAGACGAUGAAGACGAAGAUGAUGGAGGUGGUUUUGAUCUUGCGAGGGGCUUUCAACCCAUUGGAUCGUACCAUCGGCAGUUGAGCAACGCCGCUCGCACCAGCGCUGCAACCUCAUAAUUAUUCGAUUUACCUUUGCUUGUCCUUUGAUAUCCCCGUAUGAGUUACAUGGCUUCCCUUACGAUAUUUUUGCUAGAGCAGACCCGCAUAGAACGGAGCAAACAGAAUGAAUGGAUGGUGUCGUGAUUUUUUAACCAGGAGGCUCUCUGGUUUUCCUGCUUUUCUGAUGUACUUGACGUGAGCAAUGAGAUAAUGUACCUAUAGCUAUUAGUAUCAUUUAUACCAUAUCAUAUCAUUGAUCUUUACUCAAUCCCAACAGCAUCUCAGUCCUGAUCCGCAACAGGAACAUCCGGCCAAAACCUCUCCUCCAACCACUUCACCUGCCUCCACCACCUUUCACACCGGGCCAUCACGUCCCCCUCCUCAUUAUUCAGUACCCUCGAAGCCAGAGCAUCAACUACCUCCGCAAUCCCCUCCACAAACUCCCUGAACUCCAGACUCGUCCAAUUAGGAAUAAACCUCUCCCUCAGCGCCCCGCCAUCCAAAUCCCUUUUCCCAC